UUUACUGCAUCCAUCAAGAGCCUAGUGCUCAGUGUAGCAGAAUUGCAGUGCACUGGACUGGACAGUACCGGGAAGCAUCCAUACUGUCAGUGAGGGUGGGGUCCGGCUGCACUGAGAGACAAAACACACACGGAGGGAAAAAGGAAUAAGGAGAGAAGAGGAGGGCGAGCACCAGAAGAGGAACACAACAAGGGAUGAAAGGAGACACACCUGUGAACAGCACCAUGAGUGUCGGGCAGGCAAGGAAGCUGGUGGAACAGCUGAAGAUCGAAGCUAGUUUCUGUCGGAUCAAGGUAUCGAAAGCAGCUGCAGACUUGAUGGCUUAUUGCGAUGCCCACGCCUGCGAGGACCCCCUCAUCACCCCUGUGCCCACCUCAGAGAACCCCUUCAGGGAGAAAAAGUUCUUCUGUGCUCUUCUCUGAGCAUGAAAUCAGCAAGAAUCGAAUUAGCCUCAUUUAGAUGAUUGAUUUGUGUAUGCUCAUCACACACACACACACACACACACACACACACACACACAAAACACCAAAAAAUGUGAGUUUUAAAUUUCUGGUUCUGGAAUUUGAUCAUUCGACUGUGGUCAAGGCUAAACAUCCAUAACGUGUGAGGACAUUUUGUGCUACGCUGUUUUUCGUGUUCUAUGAGAGACACUUAGUCUCAAUUUUAUUAGGCAGGUGUGCAUUAGAUAGAAAGUAAUGAUGCAGCUAUAACUAUAUUAUUUGGUGUAUAUGGUGAACACACACAUACUACAUGCACAUAUGCAAGCACAUGAUUUUUCUAACCAAUGAAAAUGAAAUGUUUUGUGGUUGGAUGUUUUAUUAUUUGAACUAUUUCAAUUACUAUACAGUUAAGUAACAUGUAUAUUGCUUUUAUCCCCCAAACGGUAUACAACGAUCGCGAUUUAUACAUGCUGUAGCAUUCUGGGUUUUUUAAUCUUCUUUUUAAGCGGCUCUGUAUGCGUGAAGAUUCUGGUGAAGAGCACGAUACGUUGAUUUUUUUCGGAUCUGGUCAAAUAGAAUGCACUGAUCUACAAAAUAAUUACACUUAAAAAUCAUCUGAAAAUUUGGUUUUCAACAUGGAAUUAGCUAUCAGCGAACUCACACGCAGGAUGGAUUGGAAAUAGAUGACUGUUAGCUAAAAUCGUUCCCUUGUUUAAGAGCCCAAGCAACUGUAUAUGGAAAACAAUUCCCAUGUGAUCAAAUCUGAGGUUUUACAAAAAUACUGCAGACAAAAUUAACUGAAAAAUAAAAAUAUCACCAAGA